AUGUCCCUCUUCGGAUCCUCGCCGCCCAAGGAGGAGCCUCUCCCCCGAAACGACUCCUUCGCCCGAUCGCGACAUAGCCUCUUUGACGGUGAUACGAACCAGUCUUCGGCUUCCCUCUUCGACGACGAUGACGACCUCACGGGCACUGGCGGCACCUCGUCACCAUGGGAUAUGCCCACCCCACGCAAGCAGCAGAGUCGCGCCGACCUGCUCCGAAACCUGCUCUCCAAUGCCGAUGUACCAGACAGCUACGUGGAUGUGUUUGACUCGGUAAUGCGCGAGGAGGACAGCUCGAGUGGACAGAUUGGACCCAAGGGAUUGAUGCGUACACUGUCCGCCGCGAAGCUGAGCGCCGAUCAGAGCUCUCGAAUUAUGAGCAUUGUGUCUCCUGGUGGCGGCGAGCCGGAGCUCGGCAGGUCCGAAUUCAACGUCUUUCUGGCCCUGAUUGGGCUGGCACAGGAGAAGGAGACACUGAGCUUGGAUGGGGUGGACGAGCGGAGACGGAAUCUGCCAAAACCAAAACUCCCUGGCCUUCUUAAUUCCGGUGCUGGGCUCCCAGGCGUGUCAGAGCUCGCCGCAAAAUCGCCGCAACGCCCAAUCACUCCGCCGCCGAAGACCGACCAGCAGAACAGCCGACAAGCCGAGUCGACGCCGACACCAGCGCCACGCACCGCACAGAAGGCGCCGGCACCUCCGCCCAUGGACUAUCCCGAUGAUCCUUGGGGGGGCCCCGAACUUCAUAGAAAUCACGACCAUGCACGGCUCAAUCCUCAAUCACCCGCAAACGGCCUAAACUAUAAUCAACAGAACCAGCAGCAGCAGACCGAGCAGCAGGGAGGCGCCACCAACGGCGGCGCUUACCAAGCCGCCGAAGCUGCAUCACCCGCUGCAGCACGCACCACGUCUACAUUCACGACCGCAAGCGCGACGUCGCAAAACUCAGAAUCGAGUUCAAGGCCCGGUCACGUCAGUCACAGCAGCAUGUCUGGGACCAACGCCGGGUCUGGGGCAGUGGUAGCCGAGGGAGGCUGGAACACGGGCUACUUUGCAGACAACAAUUCCUCUGCUGCCUACAGCGACCCCUCUGCCGCCAACACGCAUCCAACCUCGCCUUUUGGAGGCAGCGCUCUCCCGGGGUCCGGACAUGGUAGGACUGCUUCCCGGACACUGGGCCCAAGCAAUGGGCAGCCGGGUAGCACAAUUGAGGAAAACGUGCAGGUGGUUUUGAUGCCUGAAAAGGAGGGCAUGUUCAUGUUCCAACACCACAACUACGAGGUCACUAGCCCCCGGAGGGGAAGCAAAGUCAUCCGGAGGUACAGCGACUUUGUUUGGCUACUGGACUGCCUCCACAAGGUUUAUCCCUUCCGGGUGCUGCCGCUGCUUCCUCCCAAGCGGGUCGCCGUCAAUGGUAACCAUCUGUCGAAUGACGGCGCCUUCAUUGAAAAGCGCCGUAGGGGCUUGAAUAGGUUUCUCAAUGCGCUCAUGCGCCAUCCAGUGCUGGCAAAGGAGCAAUUGGUAGUUAUGUUUUUGACUGUGCCUACGGAACUCUCGGUGUGGCGCAAGCAGGCGACAAUAUCGGUUCAGGACGAAUUUGUCGGCCGCAGUCUUCCCGACGGUCUGGAAGACUCCCUGCCGCCCCAACAGUUGGAGGAGCUUUUCCUCCGCACACGGUCGGGUGUGAAGCGAUCUGCAGAGCUAUACAUUCAAAUCUGCAUUGUUAUGGACAGGCUGGUCAAGCGUGUCGAAGGUGUGGCCGCAGACCAUGGCCGAGUUGCCAUGUCCCUGCAGUCGCUAUCCGAGGUUUCUGCGGAUACAUAUGCAACGGACAGUGAUGAGGUACCGCGGCUGAACGAUGGCCUCCUUACGAUGGGCAAACACCUGCGUACUGCGCAGGCGCUGAUGGAGGACGAGAGCAAGGGAUGGGACGCAGGUGUGCUGGAGGACCUGAAAAGGCAGCGCGACGCCCUUGUCGCAAUGCGGGAUAUGCUUGAUCGCAAAGAGAGGUUGGACCGUGAUAACAUCCCGCAGCUCGAGAGGCGUAUCCAAAACAAUGAGGCGAAGCUCUCGAAUCUGCGGGCGAAGCAGGAGGGUCUGGUCAAGCCCGGUGAAAUCGAGAAAGUGGUCGAGUCUAUCAUCAAGGACAAGGAAUCCAUUGUCAACCAGCACAACCGCCAUGUCUUUGUCAGGGAGUGUGUUCGGGACGAGCUGAGCUACUUCCAAGCCACCCAGUACCACAUCACACGGUGGAAUCAGGACUGGGCGCAGGAAAGGGUCAAGUACUCUGAAAUGCUCGCCGACAACUGGAGGCGUCUGAUGGACUCGCUGGACGGCAUGCCGACUGGGGAAUGA